AUGGCUAAAGAUAAAUGGCCACAACUAAGAGAAAUCCUAGAAUCAACCGACAAUCAUGAUACAUUACCAACUAAUCGACCAUUACAUGAACACUAUUUUGAACGCGACGAAUUUCAAAAUAGAGGAACUAUACACACACAUAGCUUCGCCUAUACUGAAAAAAAAACUCCUAAAUUAAUUUAUCUUAACUUGAUUCGCGCUGAUGUACCAGACCCUCAAACAGAACCAGAAUUACAUCGUCUAGUCACAACCUUCCAAAUACACCACUGCGACCACAGAUGUAGAGCACAAGGCCACAAUAAUGAACAAUGUUCUAAAGGUUUUCCCCAACCUCUUUCCCAAAUAACUUACUAUUCACCUAAUACUUUACACUAUAUAUACCGUCGUACUAAAAAAGAAAACCGUAUGGUCAUUCCAUAUCAUCCAGAAACUCUAUUAAUCUGGAGAGGACACAUAAACUUCCAAUACAUUACAACCACUGGGUUUGCCAAAUAUAUAACAAAAUAUGUAACCAAACCUGAAACCUCUGAACUCUUUGAUAUUAAUGAAAGUAACGAAUAUAGACGACACAUUAUGGCUAGACGAUUAGGAGCAAUGGAAUUAAUAGUACUCCUGCUACAACACCCAUUGACAAGAUGUUCCGUUUCUGUACAUUAUCUUCCUUCCGCACCUUCUGAAUUAAGACUAAGAUCCGUCAAACCCAUCCACCUACUGAAUAUAAGAGACGAUAACAAUGACAAUGACCCUUAUAAUAGUGAUCCUCCAUAUUGGGACGAUUCAAUUAAUAAAUAUUUUGAUCGCUCCGACUACGAAAUUAUUUGGUUUGUCAUAAAUGAUUUGCCAGUCCCAGCUGAACCCGUUAAGAAGAAAUAA